GCGGAGAAAGCAACGCCUGGUGAUAUUUUGACUUGAGCUCAAAAAAGCGAAAGUGGUACUUGAAAAAGCGUUACAAUGUUGAAAUUUCUGCUACUUGUGAACAAGCAAGGGCAUACUCGGGUUUCCCAAUACUAUGAAUACUUGGAACUUGAAGAAAGGACGAAUUUGGAGGCCGAAAUAACGCGAAAAUGUUUGGCACGAAGCGACGAUCAGUGUCCUUUUAUGGAAUUCAAGAAUUUCAAAGUCAUUUACAGAAGAUAUGCCUCACUGUUAUUUAUUGUUGGUGUUGAUUCAGAUGAGAAUGAGCUAUCAAUUCUGGAGUUUAUCCACACCCUUGUUGAAACAUUGGAUCGUUAUUUUUCGAGUGUGGUGAGUUUUGAUUUAUGUUCAAUUUCUUAUACUCUAAUGAUAUGUCCUGCAUGGUUCCCUAGAGGGUGCUGGGAUACUCCUAUAUAACAUUAACAGGUUUCACUUGUCAAUUAGCCAUGUUCUAAACGAGCAGGGGACUGGGUAUGAAUAUUUAAAAUCGAUUGAACUGAAAAAUUCAUAUAAUUUAGCUCUCUUAUUUUAGCGAUUUUUAAAAGUGUACCAUGCCUUUACGUUUAAACCAAUAACUCUCAGAUUUGGUAAACUUACUAAUGUUUGACUGCUCUUUCAGAUGGUGAGUCCCAUUUUUCAAUUCAAUCGAUUUUUAAUACUCGUGCCCAGUCCACUGCUCGUUUAGAACAUGGCUAAUUGCAUGCAGCUCAAAUUGCAAAAAUUAGUACCCAGCAAGAAAAACAAGUUGCAAAAAUACACUCCCGCAAAAAUUUAGUGCCACACAGUAGCAUCCUACAAUGUACUGUGAGUGAUAACUCUUACUUCUGACAGUUAACUAAGUCUAAUAGAUUUUACAGGGCCACCCAGACAAUCAAAACCAAUCAGAUGGCAGACUGAACUGAAGCAAUAGAUUCCAACAUUUUCAAAUCCAGCCGAUCAAAUGUCCAGUACAAAAGAAUGCAAUCUCAACUUAAAUUUACAAUUCCCUGGGAGAGGGUGCUCCCAGACCUCUAAGGAAAAUACCUACAUGCUUUGUAAAAUUUUGGAUACCAGUCUGUUUUCAAAUCCUGACUAAAGGGUUUCCCUUAGGCAUGUUUCCUUUGCUUCACGCACUGUGUUGUUGCGCUGCCCUAUGCGCCACUGGGGGCUAUGAGGAAUGAU